GAGAAAACUCGUAUACAAAGCCGUUUCUUUCGAAGACAAGGAGUAGCAGCGGCGGCGGGACAUGCUUUCUCACCAUCGCCAUGGCCGCCGCCUCCUGAACUACCUGUCCAAACCCCAGCAUUUCUCCACCACCACCGCUACCUUCAGCGCCCCGCCUCCCCCUCGCGUCUCCGAUGCCGCCUCCCACGUCUCCUCCCCGGGCGCGGUGGACACCGACCCCGGCGCGCUCGCGCCGGACGACGCCAUCGUGGCACUCUCCUCCCUCGCGGACUCCGCCGGCUCUGCGGCGGCGCUGGAGCUCUUCCGCCGUCUGGCCUCCCGCCAGGACGUGCGCCACCUCAUGCGCCUCUACGUCACCGCCGCGACCACCUUCGUCGACAGGGGCAGCCUCCCCAUGGCGCACGAGGCCAUGCGGCGGAUGGUCGCGGCCUUCGCCGAGGCAGGGCGGCUCCCGGAGGCCGCCGACAUGGUCUUCGAGAUGCGCAGCCACGGGCUGCCGUUCUGCGUCGAGACGGCGAACUGGGUCCUCAGGGCCGGGCUUGACACCGGUAGCUUCGCCUACGCGCGGAAGGUGUUUGACGGAAUGGUGACGCGGGGCGGGUUGUUGCCAGACGCGCGCAGCUUCCGGGCGUUGAUUGUUGGGUGUUGCAGAGACGGGCGGAUGGAAGAAGUGGACGCCUUGCUGACGGUAAUGCAGGGUCAGGGGUUCUGCCUAGACAACGCCACGUGCACGGUGAUUGUGCGUGUGUUCUGCCAGAAGGGGCGAUUUAGGGAUGUCUCUGAGCUCUUCAGGAGGAUGCUGGAGAUGGGCACACCACCUAAUGUGGUGAAUUAUACUGCAUGGAUUGAUGGUCUGUGCAAAAGAGCAUAUGUCAAGCAGGCCUUCUAUGUAUUGGAGGAGAUGGUUGCGAAAGGGUUGAAGCCGAAUGUGUACACGCACACGUCAUUGAUCAACGGGCUCUGUAAGAUUGGCUGGACAGAGCGGGCGUUCCGGCUUUUCUUGAAGCUCAUCAAGAGUAGCUCAUACAAGCCGAAUGUGCAUACCUAUACUGUAAUGAUUGGAGGAUACUGUAAAGAGGGAAAACUUGCUCGGGCUGAGAUGCUGUUAGGAAGGAUGGUCGAGCAGGGGUUGGCACCAAACACAAACACAUACACUACACUGAUUAGUGGGCACUGCAAAGAAGGAAGCUUCAAUUGUGCCUUUGAGCUGAUGAAUAAGAUGAGACGGGAAGGUUUCCAGCCCAACAUUUACACGUACAAUGCUCUCAUUGAUGGCCUUUGUAAGAAAGGAAAGAUUCAAGAGGCUUACAAGGUUCUCCGGAUGGCCAACAAUCAGGGGCUCCAGCUUGAUAAAGUGACAUAUACUGUAAUGAUAACUGAGCACUGCAAACAAGGUCACAUAACAUAUGCUCUAGAUUUGUUCAACCGGAUGGCUGAAAAUGGUUGUCAUCCUGACAUACACACAUACACCACCCUCAUUGCAAGAUAUUGCCAGCAGAGACAGAUGGAGGAAAGCCAAAAGCUGUUUGACAAGUGUCUCGCGAUAGAAUUAGUGCCGACCAAGCAAACUUAUACCUCAAUGAUUGCAGGCUACUGCAAAGUUGGCAAAUCAACCUCGGCUUUGAGGGUGUUUGAGAGGAUGGUUCAAAAUGGAUGCCAAGCUGACUCUAUAACUUAUGGGGCUCUAAUAAGUGGGCUUUGCAAGGAAUCUAGGCUAGAGGAAGCAAGGGCAUUAUACGAGGGCAUGCUUGAUAAACGUUUAGUGCCAUGUGAAGUAACUCCUGUCACUUUAGCUUUUGAAUACUGCAGAAGGGAAAAGGCAGUUGUUGCUGUAUCAAUCUUGGAUAGAUUGGACAAACGACGAAAGAAUCACACAGUAAAUGUACUAGUUAGAAAGCUUAGUGCUAUAGGACAUGUGGAAGAUGCAAGUCUUUUCCUUAAAAAAGCUUUGGACGUUGAUUUGGCUGUUGAUCGUUUAGCUUAUACUAGCUUCAUCAAUUCAUGCUAUGCCAACAAGAAAUACGCCCUAGCUACUGAAAUAUCUGAAAAGAUCUCUAGCUCUCAAGAUAAGGAUGCUGCAGCUAUGACUUGAUUAGGAAGAGCAAUACAACUCGAUUCACUGAUACAGAAGAGUAAUUCUACAGUUCGUGUUUGAAGAUCAGCAGCGGCUGCCAUACUAAUCAGCUAUUGGUUGAUUUCUGCAUGACUUGACUCUCUUCAGUGUGCUGGGUGAGAACUGCUUGAAGACAGGAAUGCGGUCUGCUUUCAUAAACACUGACAAGAAAUAAGACCUGAUUUUGGUAUCUCAAUCUCGCCCAUUGUUGGUGUUGGCUGCCUCCAGUGGUUCUAAAACUAUUCCUGAUAUGGCAACAGUUUAGCUGCGUGUAGCUGGGGCCUGGGUGUGUCCCCCAGAAAACAGGGCUCUUACCCUAGCUCCUAAUACCAAGCUGGUUGGAGAUAAGAAAAAUCUGCAAAUAAUGGGAACUGGCUAUAUACUGACCUAUUACAAGUAAUAUUAUGAAGAGUGCUUGUUUCAAAGAAAGAGCAACCUGAAAAGUGAACAUCGCCGAUGAGGAUGGUCAUGAUUUGGGGGAAAUUCCUGCCUAGUUAGUAAAAAUCUUGAUGCUUGCUGGCAUUUAAGGAAAGGGACUGGUGGGGCCUGGGCAACUAUGUUUACUAUGCAAUGUCAGCUGGCCCCCACAGUUGGUGAUUGGAGAUUCCUUUCUUUCUUUACCUCCUUUUGUGGGCUAUCACUGGACACUUUUGGUGUUGAGCUUCAUAUUCUCAUUUCUCGUAUCUACAAAUGCUCGCUAACUUCUUAAUGAAAGCCACGUUAUCUAGAUUGACGCCUUCAACAUGGUCCUUGUCUAAUAAGUAAUAUCUUGAUUCUUGAGUGCUC